GUGUGUUUUUAUUUUUCUGAAAAAAAAAAAACUCCUUUUAGUGAGAGUUCAAAUAUUUUGUGUGUUUUCGAGACUCAUCUUCUUCUUCAAAAUGGUUUGCAAUUCAGUUUCUCUUCACAUUUGCGUGGUUGGUUUUUGCAAAAGACCAGCCUCUUUUUGAAUGCUACUAAUACUAUUUACAGGCUCUCAUAUUCUUGAGAUAUAGCCUUUCUCAAAGACCUUCUGUUUUUCAGUGAAAUCGAGCUUGCUAGAUAUUGGGAUCAAAGAUUAAAAAAUUUUGUCAUCAAAGUUGGAUCUUUUAGUUCAGAUUUUGGGACCCAUUUUGUUUUCAUUUCAUUUCAUUUCACUAGCAGCUUGACUGAUGAUCAUCAUCAGCUAGAAACAUAAAAAAGGCAAACAACCCCCCCCUCCCCCAUUUGGCUUUCACUCGAGGAGGUUGUCUCAAAUUGAAACUCCUCAUUUUAGCUUCCCCCCCUUCUUUAUAUGCCCUUUUGUUGCGUACAUCAUAUAUAAAAGGGGCGGACUUUACUAAGAAAAAAAGAACCUUAGUUCUAAAGCAAAAUUCCUUCAAAACAAGCAGCUCUUUUAUCACUCAGCUCACAGCUUCAGCUCUCUCUCUCUCUCUCUCUAUAUAUAUAUAUAUGUUAGUUGUUCGUAUAUAAGAAAGAUUGAGUUUUAGCAAGAAAUGGCUAUGGCGGUGGCCCAACACAGGGAGAGCAGUAGUGGCAGUAACAUCAACAAGCAUCUUGAUAAUGGCAAGUAUGUUAGGUACACAGCUGAGCAAGUUGAAGCUUUAGAACGAGUGUAUGCUGAGUGCCCCAAGCCAAGUUCUUUGCGUCGGCAACAGUUGAUAAGGGAGUGCCCCAUUCUCUCCAACAUUGAACCUAAACAGAUCAAAGUUUGGUUUCAGAAUCGCCGAUGUAGAGAUAAGCAAAAAACAGAGGCUUCAAGGCUGCAGACGGUGAAUAGGAAAUUAAAUGCCAUGAACAAGCUGUUGAUGGAGGAGAAUGAUCGGUUGCAAAAACAGGUGUCUCAGCUGGUGAACGAGAAUGGGUAUAUGAAGCAACAACUGCAUACUGUAAAUGCAUCAACAAAUGAUGCAAGCUGUGACUCUGUGGUUACCACUCCGCCGCAUUCACUGAAAGAUGCCAAUAACCCUGCUGGACUCUUGUCCAUUGCAGAGGGGACCUUAAAAGAGUUCCUUUCUAAGGCUACAGGAACUGCUGUAGAUUGGGUCCAAAUGCCUGGGAUGAAGCCUGGUCCGGAUUCGGUUGGGAUAUUUGCGAUUUCCCAAAGUUGUAGUGGAGUGGCAGCCCGAGCCUGUGGUCUUGUAAGUUUAGAACCUACUAAGAUUGCGGAAAUUCUUAAAGAUCGGCCAUCUUGGUUCCGGGACUGCCGGAACGUUGAAGUUUUCACCAUGUUUCGAGCUGGCAAUGGUGGAACAAUUGAGCUUAUAUACACACAGAUGUUUGCACCAACUACACUGGCUCCUGCAAGGGACUUUUGGACUUUAAGAUACACUACGACUUUAGAGAAUGGCAGUCUCGUGGUCUGUGAGAGGUCUCUUUCUGGUUCUGGUGCCGGCCCAAAUGCAGCUGCUGCAGCUCAGUUUGUGAGAGCUGAAAUGCUUCCUAGUGGCUACUUGAUCAGAAGCUGUGAGGGUGGAGGAUCAAUAGUCCAUAUUGUUGACCAUCUAAAUCUCGAGGCAUGGAGUGUGCCAGAGGUGCUACGCCCACUUUACGAAUCAUCAAAAGUGGUUGCUCAGAAAAUGACAAUUGCGGCACUACAUUACAUUAGGCAGAUUGCUCAGGAGACAAGUGGCGAGGUGGUUUAUGGUCCAGGCAGGCAGCCAGCUGUCCUGAGAACUUUUAGCCAAAGAUUAAGCCGAGGCUUCAACGAUGCAAUAAAUGGGUUCAAUGAUGAUGGAUGGUCAAUAAUGAAUUGUGAUGGUGCCGAGGAUGUGAUAAUUGCAAUUAAUUCAAACAAGAGCUUGAACAGCACUCCGAAUGCUGUCAAUGCUCUUCCGCUACUUGGGGGUGUUCUUUGUGCAAAGGCAUCAAUGCUGAUCCAAAAUGUUUCUCCUGCUGUGCUUGUUCGCUUCCUUAGGGAGCAUCGUUCAGAGUGGGCUGAUUUCAACGUUGAUGCUUAUUCUGCUGUAUCAUUGAAGGCCGGAUCAUAUGCUUAUCCUGGAAUGAGGCCUACAAGGUUUACUGGGAGUCAGAUCAUAAUGCCACUUGGCCACACCAUUGAGCACGAAGAGUUACUUGAAGUUGUAAGACUCGAAGGCCAUUCUUUUGCAGAAGACAAUGCCUUCUUGUCAAGGGACAUUCAUCUAUUGCAGCUAUGCAGCGGAAUUGAUGAGAAUGCUGUGGGGGGCUGUUCUGAGCUUUUGUUUGCUCCAAUUAAUGAGAUGUUCCCGGAUGAUGCUCCUUUGUUACCUUCGGGAUUCCGUGUUAUACCAUUGGAUACAAAAUCAUCCGAUACACAGGAUUCAUUGGCAACAAAUCGAACUUUGGAUCUUACUUCUAGUCUUGAACCGGGGCCUGCAACAAACCAUAUUGCAGUAGAUGCCCCAUCAUGUCCAAACAUCCGAUCAGUGUUAACCAUUGCCUUCCAGUUCCCUUUUGAUAGCAAUCUUGAGGAUAAUGUAGCAAACAUGGCACACCAGUAUGUCCGUAGCGUCAUAUCUUCUGUCCAGAGGAUUGCCAUUGCCAUAUCUCCAUCGGGAUUGAUCCCAGCUGUUGGACCAAAGCAAUCUCCUAGCUCUCCGGAAGCACUUACACUGGCUCACUGGAUCUGCCGGAGUUAUAGUUACCAUUUAGGGGCAGAACUGUUGCGACCUGAACCAGCUGUGGGUGACUCGUUAUUGAAGAAUCUCUGGCAACAUCAGGAUGCCAUAUUGUGUUGUUCAUUGAAGUCGCUACCAGUUAUGAUCUUCGCAAAUCAAGCCGGACUUGACAUGCUCGAGACAACUCUAAUGGCUCUACAAGACAUCACAUUGGAUAAAAUAUUUGAUGAGACUGGACGCAAGACGUUAUGCUCCGAUUUUGCCAAGUUGAUGCAGGAGGGAUUGGCAUACUUACCAGCCGGAAUCUGCAUGUCAACAAUGGGACGCCAUGUCUCAUAUGAACAAGCAGUUGCUUGGAAAGUCCUUGAAGCUGAUGAAAGCACUGUCCAUUGCUUGGCUUUCUCUUUUGUAAACUGGUCUUUUGUGUGAGAACAUUUGACUGUAAUUUAUAUGUUCUACACCUCAGGCUUUCCCCAGUGGAGAAGAAAAAAAAAGAAGUUUUGUAAUGGCUUAAUUCACGAUUUGGCCCUGAAGUAUACCUAUUUUCUUUCUUUGUACCUAAUUUCUUUUUUUGUCUCAAUUUGGUAUCUCAAGUAUCAAUCACUUCUCAA